CGAGGCGUGCAGGGGUGUUUUUGUGUGUGGUCCCUGUUAGUGAGAUCCCAGGCGGGAGCCGAGGAUCCGGCUGCCCGGGGGGAGGUGGGGUUGGCCCGCCAUGCGUUGGGAGCUGCGCCCUCGCGGGCCGGGGCCAGCGGCCCUGGCUGUGGCCUGGAAUCUGUGGGGGCCGCUCCGCCUUCCCUGUCGCCCGGGGUGGCGUGGGAUGACGAGGGGGCUUUUGGUGCGCCCGAUUACCGGGGCCAGUAACCAGUUGCAGAACUCGAGUAGCGGCCGGUAUCGGGACACAGUGCUGCUGCCCCAGACCACCUUCCCCAUGAAACUGCUGGGCCGCCAGCAGCCCGACACGGAGCUGGAGAUCCAGCAGAAAUGUGGAUUUUCAGAACUUUAUUCAUGGCAAAGAGAAAGAAAAGUUAAGACGGAAUUUUGUCUUCAUGAUGGACCUCCUUAUGCAAAUGGUGACCCUCACGUUGGACACGCUUUAAAUAAGAUUUUGAAAGAUAUAGCCAAUCGAUACCAUAUGAUGAGAGGUUCCAAAAUACAUUAUGUGCCCGGCUGGGAUUGUCAUGGGUUACCCAUUGAAAUAAAAGUAUUAUCAGAACUUGGUGGAAAAGCUCAGAAUCUUUCAGCUGUGGAAAUUAGAGAGAAAGCUAGAUCAUUUGCUAAAGCAGCAAUUGAGAAACAAAGAUCAGCCUUUAUUCGUUGGGGAGUAAUGGCAGAUUGGAAUAAUUGCUACUAUACCUUUGAUGGAAAAUAUGAGGCCAAACAGUUGAGAAUUUUCUACCAAAUGUAUGAUAAGGGCUUGAUUUAUCGAUCUUACAAACCUGUGUUUUGGUCUCCGUCAUCGAGGACCGCAUUAGCUGAAGCGGAACUUGAAUAUAAUCCCGAGCACGUCAGUCGCUCAAUAUAUGUAAAAUUCCCUUUCUUGAAGCCUUCUCCUAAGUUGGCAUCUCUUAUAGAUGGUUCAUCUCCUAUUAGUUUUAUAGUCUGGACCACACAGCCUUGGACAAUUCCAGCCAAUCAGGCUGUAUGUUAUAUGCCAGAUGCAAAGUAUGCUGUUGUGAAGUGUUCCGGAUCUGGAGACCUCUACAUCCUGGCUGCAGAUAAAGUAACGUCUGUUGCUUCGACUUUGAAAACAUCAUUUGAGGUUAUUUCGACAUUUUCAGGUGCAGAUUUGGAAAAUGGAACUUGUGCGCAUCCUUUAAUGCCUGAUAAAGUCUCUCCUCUUUUACCUGCAAAUCACGUGACCAUGACAAAAGGAACAGGGCUGGUUCACACAGCCCCGGCUCAUGGCAUGGAAGACUACAGCAUAGCUUCCCAGCACAACCUGCCCACGGAUUGUUUGGUGGAUGAAGAUGGGGUUUUCACAGCUGUGGCUGGUCCUGACCUUCACAACAAGGCCGUCCUUGAAGAGGGAACAGAUGUUGUUAUAAAGAUGCUUCAGGCUGCAAAGACUUUGUUGAAAGAGGAAAAGGUGGUACACAGCUAUCCCUAUGACUGGAGGACCAAGAAACCAGUGGUGAUUCGUGCCAGCAAGCAGUGGUUUGUCAAUAUCACCGAUCUGAAGGCUACAGCCAAGGACUUGUUAAAAAAAGUGAAUUUUAUUCCUGGAUCAGCCCUGAAUGCCAUGGUUGAAAUGAUGGACAGGCGGCCAUACUGGUGUAUAUCGAGGCAAAGAGUUUGGGGUGUUCCAAUUCCUGUGUUUCAUCAUAAGACAAAAGAUGAAUUCUUGAUCAACAGCCAAACCAUCGAGCACAUUAUUAAACUAGUGGAACAACAUGGCAGUGAUAUCUGGUGGACUCUUCCUCCUGAGCAGCUUCUGCCAAAGGAAGUCUUAUCUCAGGUCGGUGGUCCUGACGCCUUGGAGUAUGUGCCAGGUCAGGAUAUUCUGGACAUCUGGUUUGAUAGUGGAACUUCAUGGUCUUAUGUUCUUCCAGGUACUGACCAAAGAGCAGACUUGUACUUGGAAGGAAAAGACCAGCUUGGCGGCUGGUUUCAGUCAUCCUUGUUAACAAGUGUGGCAGCAAGGAAAAAAGCACCUUUUAAGACAGUGGUUGUUCAUGGGUUUACCCUUGGAGAAAAGGGAGAAAAGAUGUCCAAGUCUCUUGGGAACGUCAUUGAUCCUGACGUUGUCAUCAACGGAGGAGAAGAUCAAAGCACAGAGCCUCCUUAUGGUGCGGAUGUCCUUCGCUGGUGGGUGGCUGAGUCCAAUGUUUUCACUGAAGUGACCAUUAGUCCGUCUGUCCUCCAUGCUGCCAGAGAUGACAUCAGCAAGCUUCGGAAUACACUCCGCUUUCUUUUGGGAAAUGUGGCUGGUUUCAACCCAGAGACAGAUUCCAUCCCUGUUAACGAUAUGUACGUCAUAGACCAGUACAUGCUACACCUACUCCAGGACUUGGCCAACAAGAUUACCGAUUCAUAUAAACAGUACGAUUUUGGAAAAGUUGUUCGGCUAUUACGAGCCUUUUACACCAGAGAACUUUCAAACUUUUAUUUCAGCAUAAUCAAAGAUAGGCUUUAUUGUGAAAAUGCAAGUGAUCCCAAACGACGCUCCUGUCAGACGGCGCUGGCUGAAAUCUUGGAUGUAAUCGCUCGUUCGUUCGCUCCCAUCCUUCCUCACUUGGCUGAGGAGGUGUUCCAGCACAUGCCUUAUAGUAAAGAGCCCAAGAGUGUUUUCCGUACUGGGUGGAUUAACACAAGUUCAAUCUGGAAGAAGCCUGGGCUGGAGGAAGCCGUGGAGAGCGCGUGCGCCAUGAGAGAUGCGUUCCUGGGGAGCAUCCCUGGCAAAAAUGCCGCCGAGUACCAGGUUACCAUCGUCAUAGAGCCUGGGCUGCUCUUUGAGAUAAUAGAGAUGCUACAAGCAGAGGAGACUUCCAGCACCUCUCAGUUGAAUGAAUUAAUGAUGGCUUCCCAGACCACUUUACUCCCUCAGGAACCACUGGAGAUAGCUGCAGGUGUAACUGAGCUCAAAGGGACAUUCCUCAUCAACUUAGAAGGUGGUGAUAUUCGUGAAGAGUCUUCUUAUAAAGUACUUGUCGCGCCGACUACCAAAGAAAAAUGCCCUCGCUGUUGGAAGUACACAGCUGAGUCUUCAGACACACUCUGUCCCCGAUGCGCGGAAGUUGUUGGUGGAAAGUAGGGCCUCUCUGCUGUUGAGAGCUGUCCGAGCAAGACCCUCAACAGUACUGACGAGUUUACAUGGAUCAUUUACAACGUUGGAAAGAAAGCCAAGGCUUAAGUAGUGAGUGGAAGAGUAAAUGGUGGAGGAUGACAGUCAAAGUAAGAAUUCUACGAUUUUCCUGUAACUAGAUAGAAAAUAACGUGUAUAUGGACAUGCAGACACACACAUAUGCAGAGGGAUCGAUCUAUCCAUGAUGGACUCAUUCAGAACAGACACUGAAUAUGCUUGCCUUCCAAUGUGGCUUAACGGAAAAUGUUUUAUAUUUUAUAAGUCUUUUUGACUUAGUAUUUAAGUUCUAUAACGUCUAAAAAUAAAGGCAUUCUAGAAAAUUA